AUGAAGCACAAUGAAGAUUGGUACAAGCCAUCAAGAGAUAGUAUUGUGCAAUGUGAAGAUUCGUUAUGCACAGUCGUCCAAGAAAAUGAACCCAAUUGUACAAAUUCAACAUAUCGAUGUAAGUAUGUUAUUGAUUAUAAAGAUACACUACAAGCCAUGAUUAUCUUGUCAGAGACAGUUUGUCUACAAUUAAUAAAUGAAUCUGCCAUUCAUUAUCGUUUGGCCUUUGGGUGUGGAUACCAACAAAUUGGAGAGUUUAAAGGGGAUGAAAUUUUUGGUCUAAGUAUGGGUGCAGAAAUGCUUAUUAAGUUAUUGGGACCAACAGACCUCAUAUUUGAUGAACGUUUGACACAACUAAAGGGAAUCAAAUUCGUUUUUGAUAGUGGAGCCUCCUACACCUACUUAGGCCAGCCAAUCUAUGAAUACACACUUGGUCAGAUUAACAAAAAUCUACAAGGAACACCAUCGAAAGAAUCAGAACCAGUGGGUGGCCUUCCAAUAUGUUGGAGAUUCGAGAAGAUACGCAUUAGAUCCUUUGAUAAAAUUAAGGACUACUUCAAGAAGUUGACUCUAAGCUUUACAAAUAUAUAUACGGCGUUACUAUUGACACCCUUCACUUUUGCUAUAUAA